GGGGACAGAUACCCAUAUUCAGUGUCAUAUUUCUUCAACUUAUUCUCCUCCUUAUGUUGCAGAGAGUCCAUGCAAAAAGUAGCGGUCUUAUCUCCUUCCACAGCCUCUCACUUGUGAUACACAUAAUCACAGAUAAUCUCUCCUUAUUUUUCUGUGUUCGCCAAGACAUCAUCUUCAGAUUUUAUUGAUUCUCUUGCUUUUCUGGGGUUCACUUCACAUAUCAUCUUCAGAUUUUGGUUGCAUGGAGCCUGAAGCUGAAAACAUCAACUAUGAGGAGGAUUACAUAACGAAUUCCAGAGGGCUGAAGCUGUUCACAUGCAGUUGGCUUCCUCGGGACCGAGAGCCGAAAGCUCUGAUCUUUAUUUGCCAUGGAUAUGGCAUGGAAUGCAGCAUCACCAUGAGGAGCACCGCGGUCCGGUUGGUGAACGUGGGUUACGCUGUUUACGGGAUCGAUUACGAAGGCCAUGGGAAAUCGGAUGGAUUGAUGGCCUUCAUCGACAACUUCGACGAUCUCGUGGAUGACUGCUCAACUCAUUUUACCAGCAUCUCUGAAAGAAAAGAGAAUAAGGAGAAGAUGAGGUACCUGAUGGGAGAGUCCAUGGGAGGAGCAGUUGCCCUUCUUUUGCACAGAAAGAAACCAGAAUUUUGGGAUGGAGCUGUCCUGGUUGCUCCCAUGUGUAAGAUCGCCGACGAUGCAAAGCCACCGCCACUCGUGAUCAAUAUACUAACUAAACUGACCAAUGUCAUCCCAACCUGGAAGAUUAUUCCGACCCCAAGCAUCAUCGAUCUCGCUUUCAAAGUCCCUGAAGUAAGACAACAGGUGAGAGCAAACAAGUAUUGCUACAAAGGACGGCCUCGGCUGAAAACGGGCUUCGAAUGUCUGAGGAUCAGCUUGGAAUUGGAGAAGAGGCUUAACGAGGUCUCGUUGCCAUUCAUAGUUCUCCAUGGGGAAGAAGACAAAGUGACGGAUAAAUCCGUGAGCAAGCAACUCUAUGACUCGGCUUUUAGCUCGGACAAGACAUUCAAAUUGUAUCCAGGCAUGUGGCAUGGUUUGCUGUACGGAGAGCCACUGGAGAAUAUUGAAAUCGUCUUCAACGACAUCUUAGGAUGGUUGGAUAAGAGAACUUCACUAGGGAAUUCGAGGCUGGAGAGAGAACUGAAAGAAGAGAAUGACCCGCAACCAAAGGAUACAUAGAACUCAGAGAGGCUGAGCGGUAUAAAAAUUAGAUAGCGCAGAGUCAUGGUGAUAAUUUGCUUGCGAAAUGCAACUUUAAGAGGGUUCUCAUUGGGGGAGUGAUGAAGUUCGCUUGCCUUUCUUAAAGGCAAUCAACUUAGGACUGGUGUGCUUCAUCAGGGAAGAGGACACGUCGCCGAAGAAGCGAGCUAGACAGCUCAUAAUAAUGCAGCUGCAGCUGCAGAUUAUUCAUGCCAUCGAGAGCGAUCUAAUGCGAAUUUCUGAACUAGUGCACCGCCUGCCAUGAUAGAUUCUUGCUGGAUAUUAUCUAAUAUUUUUUCCAACAACUCCAUGUCAAAGAAAUCAUUCUUUGUGAUUGUCCACAAGUCAUGCCUGAACUAAGAGUUUCGUUUUCUCCAGAAUAAUAUCAUCUUUUCUGUAACCA